AUGAGUCGAUCUGAUGAUGAUUUUCUUAAUCAACCAAUAACUGCUAUGGAUCAUCCAAUUCUUCGUGCACAUGCAUCUCUUGAUCCUAAUAGUGCUGAAGCACAAUCACAAUUACGCCGCCUGGUGAAUCAGAAUUAUAUUAUUAUGAACGUCGUUACAAGUCUUUCACGUGAUAUACGUGCAGCACCUAAUCCUUAUGAUACGAAUGCUCAGUUGACUACUGGUAUUCGAAAUAAUAAAUCAUCACUACGUUGA